AUGGUGUACAUUCGCCAGCAUCACCUUCCCAACCUUCGCAACUACAAAUAUGCCGGCAUCGACCACUCGCUCCUCAGUCGGUUCGUCCUGAAGCCGUUCUACAAUAAUUGUGUGAUUGGUCUUUUCCCCAUGAGCAUGGCGCCCAAUGCCAUCACCCUCACUGGAUUCAUGUUCGUCGUGAUCAAUUUCCUCACCGUUAUGUGGUACAAUCCCAAUCUCGACACGGACUGCCCGCCCUGGGUUUACGCCAGCUGCGCGCUCGGCUUGUUCCUGUAUCAGACUUUUGAUGCCGUUGACGGCAUGCAGGCGCGGAGAACGAAACAGAGCGGGCCUCUGGGCGAGCUCUUCGAUCACAGUGUCGAUGCCUGUAACACUGGACUGGGUGUACUGAUUUUUGCGUCGGCUAUGAACCUUGGCCAGUCGUGGAUGACCUUCUUGGCUCUUUUCGGAUCAACUAUGACCUUCUACGUCCAGACUUGGGAUGAGUAUUACACCCAGGUUCUCACUUUGGGAAUCAUCUCGGGUCCCGUCGAGGGUGUUCUGACUCUCUGCUUGGUCUACGCGAUCACCGCCUACAUGGGCGGAGGCAGCUUCUGGCACCAACCGAUGCUGGAAAGCGUCGGAGUGUCUAAGCCCAGCUUCCUUUCCGAGCAGGUGUACAACAUGCCCUGGACGCAGUGGUACCUGGUGUACGGCGCGUUCGUGCUGUUCUUCGCCACCGGGUCGAGUAUCAUGCAUGUCAUGCAGGUCCGUCGCCAGCGCGGUAAGGACCCUCUUGCGCCUCUGUAUGGUCUACUCCCCAUGUUGGCCAUCUGGACGCUGGUCCCUGCCUAUCUUUACCUGAACCCUGCCGUCCUGGAGAACUACACCAUUCCUUUCGGUCUAUAUGUCAGCCUAAUCAAUGCCUACGCCGUUGGUCGCAUGAUCGUUGGCCACCUUGUUCAAUCCGGUUUCCCAUAUUACAACGUCCUGCUUUUGCCGCUCGCUCUCGGAGUUGUUGACAGCGCCGGUCCUGUUUUCGGGCUCUGGUCGACUGCCGUGCUGGGUGAUACCUUCAGGCAGACAAUGUUCGUGUUCGGAUGUCUUGGUAUGGCCGUCGGUGUGUACGGUAGCUUCGUGUUCGAUGUGAUCACCACCAUCUGCGACUACGUCGACAUUUGGUGCUUGACGAUCAAGUACCCGUAUCUUGAGGAGACUGAGAGCAAGAAUGGCUCAGCAGUCAAGGUCCAGGUCGAGGGUGCGUCGAAGAAGACUCUCUAG